CAGCCGAGGGCCAAUGGGAAUGCUAAAAGGCUGCGCCCAAUGAGAAGAAAGAGCGGCGGCUAUAAAUGGGUAGGAAAGCGCGGGCUUUCUUCCCUCAUUCAUUCUUCGGCGGCUCAUUGACCUUUGGCGCCAGAUCUUCCAGCGGAGAAGCAUGUCGGGCCGCGGGAAAACCGGGGGCGGCAAGGCUCGGGCCAAGGCGAAGUCGCGCUCGUCGCGGGCCGGGCUGCAGUUCCCGGUGGGGCGCGUGCACCGGCUGCUGCGGCGCGGCCACUACGCGGAGCGGGUCGGGGCCGGGGCGCCCGUCUACCUCGCCGCGGUGCUGGAGUACCUGACUGCCGAGAUCCUGGAGCUGGCGGGCAACGCGGCGCGGGACAACCGCAAGACGCGCAUCGUGCCUCGCCACGUGCAGCUGGCCGUGCGCAACGACGAGGAGCUCAGCCGCCUCCUGGGCCGCGUCACCAUCGCGCAGGGCGGCGUCCUGCCCAACAUCCCCGCCGCCCUUCUGCCCCGCAAGGCCGGCGCUGGAGGAGGAGGAGCGGCGAGCGGCGCGGCGCCCAGGAAGAAAUCAACCCAAGCCUCGCAGGAAUACUAGGCGGCGAGCGAGCAGCAGCCUCUGGACGGGACUCCGGUAGCAGCCGGCGAGGGAUGGACACGAGGACGGGUCAAGCAGCCCCCCUGUUUUCCUGGGGGUUUGGUUUGGGACAAGGGUCAGGCGCCGGGACUGAGCGCAUGGUUGCCUGGCCCACAAACGGAUUGCUGAACUGGUUGGGGAUCCCGUCGAAAUUACGUUGCAGGGAUCUCGGUGUUGGCUUUUGUUUUAUUAAACGAAUUUGCGCUGUUUAAA